AUGUUCAAAAGGCUUACGCCUCAAUGCCUCAAGGCUUACGCCUCGCAUAGCGCUACUAAAAACGCCUCGCCUAUACGCCUCGCCUAUGAAAACAUUGUUAGGAACUUUGGCUUUUGGGAGAGGGAAGGAAUAAAUGGCUUAACUAAAGGGAAACGAAACAACACAGCCCGUGCAAACGACGUCGUCCGGAAUCAGAUUUUUCAAAUAAAGGAACUCUGUCUUCCUCGCGUGCAAACGACAGCCCGUGCUAGCAAAUCAUCAAAACCGAAACCAGGUAAUAUAAAAAGAGUUGAGGAGGAGGAUGAUGCUGGUCUCUAA